AUGUGUGAUGUAACCUCUAAGUUGUUGUAUAACGUUUUGACAGGUCUAAACUUAUGUGCGAGGCGUCUCCACGGAAAAGCAGGAAGAUCGGCUUAUAUUGCUUGCUUCAUGCAGCAGAAGUCCUGGAAUGACAAGUCUGUCAUCAAAGUGAAUUUGUGGAGUAGCACUACUGUGAACGCAUGCAUCAGCAAGUGUUGGGACCACCGCCAGCGAUUUGCUGUCUUACUGAACGGAGACCAGUGUUGGUGCAUUAACAUAAUCAGAGGACUAACUGAGAUCGAGGAAGCACAAUGUUCCACUCCAUGUAAUGGAAAUAGAAGCCAGGUUUGCGGUGGAGGGAACAGAUACAGCAUCUACUACACAGGAUACAUUGAAGAACCUCAGUACACCCACCUCACGCACAAGGAUAUCAAUACUGCAUUCCAAGGCUGUUACAUCAACAACAACUACAGGGACAAGUGCACAGUUGAAAUAGCAACACAGCGCAUGUCUGUUCCUAUGUGCAUGGACCUUUGUGAAUGCAGCAGUUAUCAGUAUGCAUCAGUCAGUAAGAAGUCUAGAUGUUGCUGUGAUGCAAAUAUGACUUUGUAUAGACAAGCAGGCCUAGGCAGCUGCAGGAUUAAGUGUCCUUUCACCGGGUCAGAUUACUAUUGCGGUGACACAAGCAGUGAGCAUUUUGCGGUGUAUCGGACAGGCUGGCGGAGAACUACAAAGAGAACUCAACUGUAUCAGCAAUUGAUGUGGCGAGGCCGGUGCUCUGAAAUCCAGAAAAACCACUGCAAUAGAUACAAAGAAAAUAAAAAAAAUAAAAACAUUCUGCUUAAAUCCAGUAAACCACUUAAAAACAACUCGUUCAUGUUUUGUGUGUGUGUGUGUGUUAGUGAAAACAGCUUGUUCAUGUUUUGUGUGUGGUGUGUGUGUGUGUGUGAGUGA